AAAAGAUGGCGGCGCCCUUGGGUCGGUCGUGAUGCAGAGAAGCAGCUCGUGUCUUUGUUAUUAAACAGCGGAAUAUUAUGUUUUCAACACCAACAAAUGGUUUUACGGAUGUGUGAGUACAACCCGGAAACAGAAAACGUGGGAAUAAAACAGCAGUUAUGCAGGUGUCGGUGAGAAAGCUGGCUCCAUAUGCUCUCUGUGCAGCUCAGUGUUGUAAAAGCAGAGCUGCGCUCCUGAGUUCAGCACUCCGCUUCCUGCCCCCCGGUGUUCGCACCACAUUCAGCGAGACGGGAGUCUGGGAAAAAGAUUAUCAGCCUGAGACUAGACGCAGAGUGGAAGAAUGGUGGCACCCACGAAUCAUGGCCCAGUGGCAGAAGGACUCACUGGAGGAGGACUCCAACAGGAAGAAGUUUUACGUCCUCUCCAUGUUUCCAUACCCAUCUGGGCGGCUGCAUAUGGGUCACGUUCGAGUGUACACCAUCAGCGACGUUAUUGGUCACUUUCAGAGAAUGCGAGGCCACCAGGUGCUGAAUCCAAUGGGUUGGGAUGCUUUUGGUCUUCCUGCUGAGAACGCAGCCAUAGAAAGAGGCCUUGAUCCAGAAGAGUGGACCAAAAGUAACAUCGAGUCCAUGAGGGAGCAGCUGGUUGGCCUUGGCCUUUGCUUCAACUGGGACAGAGAAGUCACCACUUGUCUUCCAGACUACUACAGAUGGACGCAGUUUCUGUUCAUCAAGCUCUUUGAAGCAGGACUGGCCUAUCAGAAGGAGGCUGUCGUGAACUGGGACCCUGUUGAUCAAACGGUGCUGGCAGACGAGCAGGUGGAUGAAAACGGCCGCUCCUGGAGGUCCGGUGCUCUGGUGGAGCAGAAGCUACUCACUCAGUGGUUCAUUAAGACCACAAACUAUGCUAAGCCUCUCCUGGAUGCUCUGGAGGACCUUCCAAAGUGGUACGGAGUCAAAGCCAUGCAGGCAAACUGGAUUGGAGAGUGUACCGGCUGCUACUUUGAUUUCAAACUUAAGGUAGACGGUAAGGAGACGGGGGAGACCCUGUCAGCCUUCUGCUCCUCCCCAGAGACGGUGUUUGGGGCAGCUUACCUGGCCAUCCUGCCCUCCCACAGACUGCUGCAUGGAAGCAGCUCGGUCCGCUCGGUGUUACAGAAAGACUUUCAGCCUGGCAGAGACUCUCUAACAGAAGUCAGAGCUCUUAAUGUGUUUACUGGCCUGGAGGUUCCUGUCAUCAUCUCUCAGAAGGAGGCGUUUGAUGGAUACCUGGACACGGUGCUCGGUGUUCCAGACUGCAGUGAGGAAGAUCAGUCUCUGGCUAGAGCUCUGAAUCUGAGCUGGACUACGGUUCUGAAAACCCAAGGAGACGGGACACAAACUCUGAUUAAUUCUAAAGAGUUCUCAGACCUCAGCAGGGAGCAGGCGUUUCACUCCAUUACCCAGAAGGCCAGAGAGCAGAGGGUUGGAGGUCACCUUACCAGCCCCAAGCUCAGGGACUGGUUGGUAUCCAGACAGCGGUACUGGGGAACCCCCAUCCCAGUGGUGCACUGCAGCUCUUGUGGCGCCGUUGCUGUCCCUGAGGAGGAGUUACCUGUUAUUCUGCCAAAGGCGGCGUCUCUCACGGGAAAGGGGGCGUCACCUCUGGGAGCUGUGCAUGACUGGGUCAACUGCAAGUGUCCCAGAUGUCGAGGCCCAGCGAGGCGGGAGACCGACACCAUGGACACAUUUGUGGACUCUGCCUGGUACUACUUCAGAUACACAGAUCCUCACAACCCAAACAGGCCCUUUGAGCGACGCCUGGCUGAUCACUGGCUGCCCGUGGACGUUUACAUCGGUGGGAAGGAGCACGCUGUCAUGCACCUGUAUUACGCGCGCUUCCUCAGUCAUUUCUGCAGGGACCAAGGCCUUGUUGCGCACAGGGAACCAUUUUGGAAACUGCUGGUCCAGGGUCUGAUAAAAGGUCAGACGUUUAAACUAGCAGACAGUGGCCAGUACAUCAGGAGAGAGGAGGUAGACUUCACAGGUGAGGAGCCGGUGGCGCUGAGCGGUGGCCCUAUAGAGGUGACGUGGGAGAAGAUGAGCAAGUCCAAACACAACGGUCUGGACCCUCAGGAGGUGGUGCAGCAGUACGGCGUGGACACGGUCCGACUCUACAUCCUGUAUGCUGCGCCUCCCGAACAGGACAUCCUCUGGAAUGUCAAGACGGAUGCUCUUCCUGGUGUUCUGCGGUGGCAGUCUCGACUGUGGCAGCUGGUGACCAGGCUGAGAGAAGCACGGCGGCUUGGCGAUGUCCCCAACCCAGCCCUGCUGAAAAAGAACGAGCUGGAAGAGGCCAGAAGGAUUUGGCAAAACAAGAACUAUGCGAUCCAAGAGGUAACGACUCAUUUCACUGAAGACUUUCUUUUCAACGCAGCCAUCUCUCGCCUGAUGGGACUCACCAACACACUGAGUAGUGCAACGGUCAGAGUGGUGCAGCACAGCUUGGACUUUGAGGAAGCUCUAGCUGCUCUAGUGAUGAUGGUGGCACCCAUGGCUCCUCACUUAGCCUCUGAACUGUGGUCAGGUCUGCGUCAAGUGACAAACGCACUCAGCCCCCUCCUCCUGCGGGGCGGAGAGGUCCUUCAGCAGCCCUGGCCAAUUGUGGAUCCCCAGUUUCUGGAGGUCCCUGACGUCGUGGAGCUGUCAGUGCUGAUAAACAACAAGGCCUGUGGAAAGGUGGAGGUUCCCCUGCAGGUGUCCAAAGAUCCCAGUCAGGUCCAGCAGCUGGUGAUGCAGAGCCCUGUAGGAGAGAAGCUUUUGCGUGAGCGCUGCAUCAAGCGAGUCAUCAUCUCCCCCAGGGCCCCGCUGGUCAACUUCCUGGUUGAUGAGUGACAUUUCUUCUGUAACUAUUUUACAGCUGUUGCCUUUUAAACGCACACUUGGCACAAAAACAAAUGAUGUAGACCUUUUAAAGUCAUAACUUCACUGUAAAUAUAUCUUAAGGCUUGUUAUUUACAUUUUUCAUUAAAAAACAAACAAACAA